AGGAGAACAACUGUACUAUUAUAAAGACGAGGAUGAGAGCAAGGCACUGGGUGCCAUCGUCCUGCCGGGUAACCGUGUCACUGAACAUCCCAGCAAUGGAGACGAACCUGGCAAGUUUCUGUUCGAGGUCGUUCCAGAUGUUUUUUUUUCCACCAAUAUCCAAUCCAGGCAAGAUGAUCAACUGAAAAUAAAACCUCUACUCUGCCCCCCUGUGGUCAUUUGCUCCAUUUGGUCCAUCAGUAAAGGUUUCCGUCCAAAAAAACCUGAAGCAGCUCGAGUUCAAGCCAAACUUUCACCGAGGGACUUGGUCCUCUUACCCAGCACGGCAGCUCAGUAAUGAUCUCCAUCCGAGUUCGUGUUUUUAAUAACAGCCGCCAGAAAUAACCAUCAGCCGGGGACAGCCGGAGAUUUUAAACAACUUCUCCUGGAAUGAAAAGUGGGAUUUCAGCAGGAACCGAGAGCUGAUGAGUGAGGAGUCUCCACUGGAGUCCUGGAGCUUUGACGUCAAAUUUUCCAUUCUUAACUGCCCUGCUUGAUUAUCUAGAGGGAAAAAAAACCCUCCUCCACAUAAUGAGAUUUUAACCUGAGAACAUUUCAAAGAGAAAACCUUGCUGCUGCAUGAGAAACCAUGAGGAACAUUGUACGCUAAUCAUUAUCUGCUCCUACCUGCUGGCAGGGAAAUGGCGCUUGUCAGGGGCACUAGAGAUUUCAGAACAGCGUUAGCAUGGUAAUUAACCUAGCGGGGGAUUUAAAGCUGCGUCGUUAAUUGCUAAAGUGCCAGGAUUUGUAAUGCAAGUUGGUUGUUGUGGCUUCGUAGGCCUUGUAGAACGUUUAAAACUCGCUUCAACCAAAAUAGGAUGCAGUUUAGGCAUGGUAGAAGAUUAGCUAUUAGAGCUAAUGGAGAGAAAAAAAAACGCAGAAUAGCGGUUGGAGUACAAAAAAUCUAGGUAUGAGUACAUUCAACUGUUUGAUUAAAAAUGUUUUAAUAUUGCAAAAAAUAAAAUAAAAAUGGACAAAUGGACCAAAACAGAUCACUUCACAGGUAUACACAAAAUGGCGACUAGGGAAAACAAUGGACCUCUCAACACUACUGGUGUUCCACGCCAACAACGUCUGUUUCGAAAGGGUUCUCCGCCAUUUGCAACGGUCCAUCCAUUUAUUGAUUCACCUGGCAAAAAUGGAAAAUCCAAUAUCGUGUCACUUAACAUAACGAAAAAAAAGAGCUAACUCGAUUCUGAUUCCUCGCUAGGACUUGAAAUAAUUCUCUUUCAUGUAAGCAUUAGCAUUUCUCCAGCUUGCUGUGAACCCGGCACGGCCCAGCUGAAAACCCUCUGUUCAUCCCUCUGGAAUCACAAUUCCAUCUAAAGCUGAAUUCCUUCUGCUCGUCUAGCGUGCGCUCGGAGGAGAAAACCGAGAUGGAAGGCUUUCUUUAUGUUUUUUCUUUUGGCAAUGCCUCGGCUGAAACGAAAUGUCCUGCUUCUUGGUGUGUUUGUCAAUUGAUUGUCGUUUCGGGGUGUUUGGAACUUGAAAUUCAACAUGUCACAUAAAGACAGUUUGCCAUGAAGGUAAUAUAAGGUUCUACAUGGCCUUCCUGUUCGGAGGCUGAAUUUGAAUUUCAUGAAAAGUCCAGCAGCCAGGAUGCAAAACACCUUCGUUUAAGUGUGGAAACAAAGGCACUUGAGUGCAAGAGUGUUAUUUAGAUUUUUUCUUCCUUUCCUCAUAUAAGUUUGUACUGAUGGUCUAUUAACCUUUAAUCUGAAUGGCAGUAAUGAAGAAUUGUUGUUUUGUUUUUUUACUUAUUAUUCUUCUGAGUCGUCUCUGAGUGAAGUGACAUUUUGAAAAAGGUUGUUCAUAACUAUUCACUCAUAAGAGUACAUACAGUAUGAGAGAGGAAAAGAGAAAGAAGUGAAGGUAGAGAUGAGAAUGCUUGUACAUUCUAAUAUAAGGAAGUUAUGGCGUGUCACUGCAGACAGAAAUACAGGGUCUGACUGCUUCGGAUUUUUCUUUUUUGUAAAUAUAUCAUCUUUAACAGGUCUAUUUUGAAACUAUAGUAAUCCAAAUUUCAAAACCUACUGAAGAACUUUACCCUUCUGAAGAACCUUACCCUUUACCGUUGGUUCGUCAGUCAAAUUAAUUAUUCGUUAAGUAUUUGCGAUUAAUCGAAAAACUAACUUUUCUGGUGAACUAGGUUUUUCGCACAAGCGAAAGAAAGCCACUGCGGCACAACUGGAUGGACUCAUUAGAUCAAUAAUUAUCAAAAAGAAGUGCGAGGGCACGUCAAAAAGUUUGAAACAUUACGUAAAUGAAUAUAACUCUUGAACGGAAUGAAAUAUUUUCACCAAACUUGGCAAUGUAAAUGUAAAGAAUUACUCGGUGUGACCAGUCGGUGGCGCUAUAACAGGACAAAACAUGAAAUUGGAGUUAAAUAUGGAAAUAUUGGUCCAAUCGAUUUGAAAUCUUGCAAAAUGUGUCUUUGUCCAAGAUCCCAUCAGCUUCUAUGAGGACAGUUAUGAAUCUUGCAAAACAUGGCCACUAUUGGCCAAUCAAUGUUUAGGAGCUAUUAGACAAUCGUAAUGAAGGCCAAUAUUUUUCAAAAUGAUCUUGUUUUUCUCUGAUUUAGGUGCUUAUACCGUAGGAUUGCACUGUAUUAAGUAAUAUCUUUUUACGCAUGUCCUUAAAGGCAACAAAGUGCUUGAACCCUGAUAAUUGCUGCUUGCAGUAGUUUUACAAUUGUUUUCGUUUUCCUGCAUGUUUUCAAAAAAGUAAGGACAUCUUUUUUCACAGUGACCUUUUGCAACUGGUUGAGUGUCAUCUUUUGCUUCUUUUCCUUCUUCUUCUUGAAGAGCAUAUCCCUAAGAGGAAUAGAGGUUGAUGAGUGCAUGUGUGUGUGUGUGUGUGUGUGUGUGUGUGUGUGUGGAGUAGAAAUACAGUACAAUAGGAUAGAUGGGGUCACAAGCAGAAAACUCAGACGUUUAUAUAACACGCUAGCCAAGCCGGAGGUCCCUGGCUGACACUCCGAGUUCUCACACCUCCAUGGCUCACAUUACCAUAUUUCACACACGGCCGGAUUCAGAGUUUAUCCUGAUGUCGACACUGCUGCGUUUUUGCCAGAUCAUGACACAGGAAUGCGUGUAAAGGCUUCGUCUUUAAAUGAAGUAAACACAUUUUGUCUGUGGGUUCGUUAAAGCUGUUUGUCGGAUCGCAAGCUUUUAGAUCUACAGGCUUUAAAGAUACAGGAAACGUACCCGACACGACAUUUACCUCAGUUAAUGUUUUGUGUCUUGAGCUACAAUGCUAAUAUAGCUAACAAGUAAUUACGUUCAUAGCCAGUAAUAACUGAUCUAAAUCAUCACACACUCACUUUCAAAUAAUACUAUUUGUGAAUACAUACAUACAUGAAGUCUGUAUUCAAGCUACAAAUGUGCGUUUCCUGAAGAAAAUAACGAAGUCUAUGUGACUUAUUAAUACGUUCACAACAUGUUAUAAUGCAAUUAAAAUGUUUAUAAUGCUUCAUAUGCAUAUCGUUUACUAGACCUGGAUAUCCUAUAUUAACCUUUAUAUACCUUAUAGACGAGUGACAAAUAGACCUUACUAAGCGUAUUAUAAUAUAUUAAUGCAAUGUCUUUGCUACUAAAGUAGACUAUAGUACCAUGUUUAUACUAUAAACUAUGGUAUUCUCAGUGAAUUAGCCUCUUGUGCAUACAUAUAACACUUAAGGUGUUUUUAAGGGGUCGAUAUGAAACCUGUGUCUUUUGGCAUGUUUAUAAUGCUUUGUAGGCACUGAGUUACCAGUUUAUAAACCACAUUAACAAGUCUGUCUGGGAUAAUGUUGGGGUGUGAUGAUGUUGACAAUGUGAAACUGGUAGCUAUAAACUUGUUAGCAACAUUAGCCUUAAAGAUGUUUUUGCACUGUGAGGGGGUGAGCUGUUUGGCUCUGUGCCAACUCUUCGAUUGGAUUCCCAGCCCAGAGUCAGGCGGACAGCAGGCUCCUGAUUUACGAGCUUCUCAUCUUGCCGCUUCCUCCAGGCUGUAACAGAGAGAGAGAGAGAGAGAGAGAGAGAGAGGGAGAGAGAGAGAGAGAGAGGAGCAUAAUAAACACUGCAUGCAUACAUUUCUGAUCUUCUUUGCACUGUUUGGAGAGGGGGAACAAGGAACGAGAGGAAGGAAAGAGAACCCUGAGAGGAGAAGAGAAAAGUAGGAGUAGGGGGAGAAGAGAGGGGGGGGGUAACGGAGAAAAAAAACAAGUAGAGAAGAGAAGAGGUUUUAUGAGCACAGAGGGAGAAAGAUAACAGAAGGGAAGAAGCAGAGAAAUGAGAGCAAAUAUAGAUAAUAGUUAAACAAAAGAAAAAAAAUUGAGCUGGUAGAGAAGAAAGUAGAAGAGAGGAGAAGGGGAAAAAGAAAUGAAAAAUAGAGGUAAAAAUCGAAGGAAUAGAGAGAAAAGAAAAGAAAAGAAAGGCAGGAAUUGAGAAGAUAAAAGAAGGAAAGUAAAAGAUAGCAGGUCUUGAAAAGUUCAAGGGACAAGAAGUGAAGAGAAAAUAAGAAGAAGAGUAGAAAAGAAAAGAGAAGAAGAAGAAGAAAAAAGAGAAGAUAGGAAAAUAGAAGAGAAGAAGAAGAGAAGAAAAUAGAAGAGAAGAAGAAGAAGAAAAGAAGAAGAGACGAAAAUAGAAAAGAAGAUAGGAAAAUAGAAGAAAAUAAAAGAUAGGAAAAGAGAAGAGAAGAAGAAAAAGAGAAGAAAAGAAAAGAAAAGAUAGGAAAAUAGAAGAGAAGAGACAAAACAUAAAUAGAAAAGAGAAAUACAACAGCAACUGAGAAACUCAAAGGAAAAUUGAAGAAACAAAAAGAAAAGAGGUUCGAGAUAACACAGGGAAGGGAAAAAGAGAAGAGAAAAGAAGAGAAGAAAUUGAGGAGAAAGGAGAAGAAAGAAACAGACGCAGAGAUAAUGCAAGAAUAGAGUGAUAUGACAGGUAUCAAGAAAACAGAAGAGGAAUUGAGAGAAGAAAGCGAGAGAAAGUAAAGGAGGCGCGGACGACAGAACAGAAGGAGAAGAGAUUAGAGGAAGAGUAAACACCAGCAGAAGAGUGGAUGAAGGAUUGUUGAGCGGAUGAGUGGAGCGUUCUCCAGUCGCUUCCUCCUCCUCCUCCUCCUCCUCCAUGGAAUUGAACUGUAACUCAGGGGGUGAUAGAGAGCGGAUGACGUCCAAUCAUGAGACGUACCUGCUCAUGGCCAGCACACAGAAUGACAUGGAGGACUGGGUUAAGACCAUCCGCAGGGUCAUAUGGGCCCCGUUCGGAGGAGGUAUUUUCGGUCAAAAGCUGGAGGAAACGGUGCGGUACGAGCGGCGGUACGGGAAUAAACUGGCCCCCAUGCUGGUGGAGCAGUGUGUGGAUUUUAUCCGACGUUGGGGUUUGCAGGAGGAGGGUCUAUUCCGUCUUCCCGGCCAGGCCAACCUCGUCAAAGAGCUGCAGGAUGCCUUCGACUGCGGCGAGAAACCAGCCUUCGACGGUAAUACCGACGUGCACACAGUGGCAUCUCUGCUGAAGCUCUAUCUGAGGGAGCUUCCUGAACCGGUCAUCCCCUUCUGCAAGUACGAUGAGUUCCUGGCCUGCACCAAACUGUUUAGCAAGGACCAGGAAGCAGGAUUGAAGGAAUUAAGGAGACAAGUGGAAAGUCUACCUCUAGUCAACUAUAAUUUACUAAAAUACAUAUGCAGGUUCUUAGAUGAAGUGCAGUCUUACUCAGGAGUGAAUAAGAUGAGUGUGCAGAACCUGGCUACGGUCUUCGGUCCGAAUAUUCUGCGGCCCAAAGUGGAGGAUCCUGUGGCAAUAAUGGAAGGUGCAGUCCUGGUGCAGCAACUCAUGGCCGCUCUCAUCGGCCACCACGCCGCUCUUUUUCCCCCAGACGAGGACAGUCCUGGUGCUCUUGAGUCGUGCAACAACAACAACGAUCCCCUGAAACGCUCCACCACUGGACAACUGCAAAAUAAAGAGAAUAACAACACCACUAGCGUUCGUCAGUGCACCUGGGAGGCGCCUGACUCUCCUGGACGGGCCUCUCUGGAUAACGGCUCACCUCGUUCGGUCAGCCCAAGAAACGUUCCUGCUGUGGCGCGCUUUGAAGUGACCCGAAGCCCUCCUCUGACUGUAAAGAAGAACCCGGCGUUCAUCAAAGGCAGUGGCAUCGUCACCAACGGCUCUUUCAGCUCCUCGUCAUCAUCCUCAGCGGAGGAAAAGAGUCCAACCCUGGUGGGUAUGGGUACACUACAGAUGCGUCGCACUGGCGCACUCAAAUCUCCAGGUACCAAGAUGGGUGUGCAGAAUGGCGGAGUGAGGAUGGGCGUGUGCAGCACGGACAUUGUCAACGGGACCCUCAACAGCCGAAACGGACUUUGGUCUCCUCCUGGAGGUGUGACACUGCGGGAGGUCAAAUGCCGUGACGGAGAGCAGCAACAGAACCGUCUCUCGACGUAUGACAAUGUUCACGUACAGCAGACGCCGUGCACGAGCAACAGCUGCGAGGACAAGCAGAGCGUGGACAGCGCUACCUGGUCCACAUCGUCUUGCGAGAUCUCGCUGCCGGACGUCUCUGCAUCCUGUCGCUCGUCCACUACUACAUGCCCCGAGCAGGAGUUUACCUUCGAGGACCCUUUGCUGGAUGAGGGUGAGAGGAGGAACGCUAAUGCUAACGCCAACGCCAAUGGCGGAGGUCGAGGCAGCAGGGGGACGAGUAGCAGUGAGAACAGUGAGGUGGCAUUUCCUAUGAGCGGACACAGUGCCCUCCACAGUCUGGUGGCCAGUCUGAAGCAAGAGAUGCUCAAACAGAAGAGCGAGUAUGAGGCCAGGGUAAAGAGUCUGGAGCUGCGUAAUGUGGAGCUGGAAGCUGAGUUGGUGAACCUACAUGAGGAGCUGGAGCAGGAGCGCAAGAAGUACACGAUGGUAGAGAUCAAACUGCGUAACGCAGAGCGUGCCAAAGACGACGCCGAGAAGCGCAACGAGAUGCUGCAGAAGGAGAUGGAGCAGUUCUUCUCCACCUUUGGAGAUCUGACCGCUGAUCCUCGCAGGCCGGAACGAGCCAACACCAUCUGGAUCCAGUGAGCAGGACUAUACCAAGAACUGGAUAGCUGGAUGUGGAAAUCUUGAAAUGUGUAGGCUUCAAAUGUGACCGAACUGUCAAAAAUGAAGCUCAUUGAGCCAAAAUGUGAAAACUGGACCAGCCAAUAAUGGCAUAAUAAGAUUGUAACAGUGGGAGAACUGGUGGGAGAACUGGUGGGAGAAACGGUGGGGGAGCUGAACAGGUGGAUCCAAGUUGGGAAUCGGAAGUUCUUAGGUGGUGAAGUUUGAAAACUGGAGAAUGUUUCUUUUCCCAAAGAAAGAAGGAUGUAAGAGAACUGUUGAAGAAACAUUAUGGGUAUUUGGUUGCAUUAUGGGUUAUUGAGCUUUUUAAUAGUCUAGAGCUUUACAUGAAGAAGAACCAAGAAUGUCACAUCUUCAUUUGUGAUCCCAACCAAAUCAUGUCCUUGAUCUUGGUUUCCUUGUUCCAUGUCCUCGUGUACUCUGUGUAUAUAAAACAAAGCAAUGUCGAAGAAUUUUGAUGCAAAACAAAUGUAUGUAUAAAAAGCAAACUGAAAUAUUUUAAUGUAUGUCUGAUAUUUAAACUGAGGAUUAUUGACGUGUCACAAUUUAUUAUUAUUAUUUUUUAUAUAUAUACCAAGAAUUUUCCUUGCACUUAGCUUUUUUCUGGACAAUAUGGUACUGAAAUUAAAGCUGGUGCUGUUUUUUUUUCCAGGCUCCAUUUUGGAUUCACACGUAUUGGAUUUGGCCCAAAACCAAAAGCAUGUAGCAAUACCUGUACAUGUUUUAGAACAUCUGGUAAACACUGUGUCGGUAACAGUCACCUCUAAUGACUAUUGCUAAUGAGGGUCAAAGGUUAUCCAAUUGAGCAUGUGCUGAUACUCAAAUUUUAGUAUAUAGUUUAGUACAAAUUUAUACACAGUUUGUGUCCGAUGUUAGCUUUUUUAAUUUUGCACUAAAUGUACUGAUAUAGGUAACAAAUAUCACAAAUCUGCCUCGCCCAAAAUCAUACUAUACUGUAGUUGAAAAUGUUCGUUCAAUUUAAACGAUUCAUUCAGAAUCGUUUUCUGAUUCCUUCCGUUGCACAAAAUUCAAACCUUGUUUCCCUGAAUGUGAGAGGAGAGAAUCUUGGUCAUGACCGAAAGAUUCACUGGUUCAGACCCCAACCCACUGAACGCAAGUGGAGUGAAUCUCAUGACAAAAAGAUUCACUGAUUCAAACACACUGACCAGCUGAAUGUGAGCAGAGCGAAUCUCAGUCAUGACUGAAAAGAUUCACUGACUCAGGAAGCACAGAAGUAGCUUUGCCAUACUUACGGACUCGGAGAGAUACAGCUAUAAUGUAAACCUACGUCAAAUAUGUUUUAUAAUAAUAUAUUAAGGUUAUUUACUGAUGCUAGAGUCAGUCAGGAAUGAUUAGUUGCAAGGCUGUGAUCAAUACCAAUUCGUUCACCUUGGUGACUCGUACAAAAAGUGUAAAUCAUUUGCAAACGUGUGUUUGUUUGUUUUUUGGUAGCCUUUUAUUUGGGUUUACAAUACUGUUAUAAUAUAGUAUCCUACACUCCCAGGAAAUUACAAUAUUUUGUAAUGUUUCUCAAACUUUAAGGACUUGGAUACAUUUCAAAACUUCUCCAAGGGUGUCCAACAAAAUGAGAUGAAAUGUGGAAUAAGCCAAACAGCUGUCCUCGUGCUAUCUCACCGAGACAGAUUUAAUCCCGGGAAAUCCUCCGACUGAAAAAGAACACAAGGGGGAAGUGAGAAUAACGUAUACAACAAUAAUGUAAUGUAAGUUGAGUUUCAUGAGUUAUUGUAGUCCUGAUUAUCAGCACAUGCCCAACAGUAAAACAUAUUGAUUCGUGCUUGUAUUGAAUCUUCUUCAUCCUGUACGUGUUUUCAGGUGCGUUUUAUUCUGCCUUCUCACUUUUGGAUUUUUACUCAACGCUUUAUUGAGCCUGCUGUAGCCACAGACACUCUGUACAAUGUAAAUUAAAUUAUGUGACCUUA